CCAUCGCAAAUGCCAAGGGUCGCACGAUGAGAGGAGUGUCCCUUUACAAAUUGUCGCAUGCCCCGCCAACAACCGCUUUGUCGCUCUCCGAGACGCCUUCGCAUCUUGUUAGGCACAGGCUGCAACUCCACAGCACGGGCUAGUUCAGUGUCCUUUUUCCUGUUCUUUUUCCUGUUCUUUUUUACCUUCCAUUCUUUUCUUCGCUGUGUCCAUACGUGCUCAGAACGCUUCUCCUCUGCUAUUACAAGGACAUGUUGGCCCGAGGCAGAAACGAUACCCAGUGUACAAACCAGUUCACCGCCCCUUCAGGCGUGCCCGGUCACGCUCACCCUGCUCCUGUCGCUCCAUGGACCAUCAUCCCUUCGCAGCAGAUGUCGAGGGUAGAUGGGGGUCCAAUUGGCUCUGCUCCCGGCAUGAAUAUGAUUAGUAUAGCCUUUGAUGAGAUUGAACAUGCCAGGCUCAAUACGGGAGGCAUGGGUAAGAGAAAUCUCUCUCCCACCAACGGCCGACGAAAAACGGAUGAGUCCACGAUUGAGGCUCCCACCAAUAAGAAACCCAAGACUAAUGCCGCUGCUACCAAUAUUGACAAAGAUUUCUCGGAUGAAGGAUUCACGAUUAGACAAGAGGAGAGCGUGUCCAUGUCAAAGGUGACAGAUGACGAAAAGCGGAAGACCUUUCUCGAGCGCAAUCGCGUCGCUGCCCACAAGUGUCGCCUCAAGAGGAAGCAAUGGCUUGUACAGAUGCAGACAAAGGUUGAGUCGUUCAGUACGGCAAACGAUACCUUGGUGGGGAAAAUCGCCCAUCUCAGAGAGGAGAUAGUCAACCUGAAGACACUCCUUUUUGCCCACAAGGACUGUCCAUUUGCCUAUCAGCAGGAACUAUAUAGUGCCUCGAUGUCGCAUGUCAUCACGCCCUAUAAUUUAUAACUCAACUCUUGUAAUAUAGUUAGAUAUAUUCUGAAUUAGCUUGUAGCCAGUAAGGAUGGUAGCGGUAUUUCUUAUAAUGUUGGACAUACGGGAAGGUCCGUAUCGACUGGACUGCCUUCUACGGGGAUAGGUGCAGAACUGUGCUCUCGGCUCCAAUCAGUUGGAAUAUCAGCCGGCCUCAACGCCAGCUGAUUUUGUCUCUCAAAAUUCUUGUUAUUAUAGGUAGAAGAUGGCUCCUUGCCAUCCGGAACUAAUUGGGAAUUCAUUGCUUUAUUCGGGAUAAAUUUGUAUCGCAAUGUAAUUUCCAGUCACAGGACAUAUAGGCAACUAGAGUUGAAGCAAUUCGGAAAAUUUGCCUUAGCUUAAUAUGCCCUCAGCUCUCA